AUGUCCAAUUGCUCCGAGGUAAGCCGCCGGUCGGGGGUUCACGGUGGCGGCAAGGCGAAGGCCCGGGCAGCCAAAGGGUCGGCGACCGAUCCCCAGAGCCUCUAUGCAAGGAGAAGAAGGGAAAGGAUCAAUGAGAGGCUCAAGAUUCUGCAGAAGCUGGUGCCCAAUGGAACCAAAGUUGAUAUCAGCACAAUGCUUGAGGAGGCAGUUCACUACGUCAGGUUCCUGCAGCAGCAGAUCAAGAUGCUGAGUUCUGAUGAGAUGUGGAUGUACGCCCCGAUCGCUUACAAUGGGAUGAGCUUAGGAAUCGACUUUAAGAUCUCCACUCUUCAGUGA